CAAACUGUAACCACAAAUUCCCAUAUAAACCAAAUCAAAGCAAUAAAUAGCAUUCAAACAUCCUUCUAAUUUACAAUAACACUCAAACAGGUACACCAAACAUGAUAACUUAAAAACAUACAUACAGUGAAACAAAGCCACACGUGCCACAGCUCAUCUUCCAACCGCCAAUACAUAACAGCUGUCUUCCAUGAUGACAAUCAAAACCUAGGUGCAACUUGAACAAUCAAUUAAAGUAUCCAAUUUUCCGAUCCCCUUUCCUAAAUUCUAAACCCUAGAUGGAUGAAAUGAUCGAUCAUGACACCUGAAGGCCUCCAGAUCAGCUAUCGAAGAACAAAAACGUCAGUAUAGAUUAGGUUAAAUGAAUAGAUGGAUAUGGGAGGGGGGGGGGGGUUAAUUGGAAUUAGGGCUUUUGGUGAGAGGAAUUGGGGAAGAAGAAUUGGAUAAGAGGAUAGAGAUAUAGAUCUGUGUGUGUGUGAGGGGAGAGUGAAUCGGAGGAUAAGUGAGAUUUGUUGGCGGAUUUGGGGAGAUUGAAGAAGAGCGAGAGAGACAGACGGAAGGAAGGAAGGUUGUUUGGGGAUGGAGAUGGAUUCUUUCAGGAUGUCGGUUGCGGAGAGGAAUUGGAGUUCGUCUGGAGGUAGAUCCAUGGCGGAUUGAUUAGGGUUUGCAGAUUUUAGAACUGGAAGAAGAAGAAGGAAGCAACGUGGUCACUAUUUCUCUCAACAAAAGCCUAGAUGGAGGAACAAUUAAAAGAGAAAGGCCGGUCGGUGUUUUGUCCAGCAUCUUCAUCGAUUGAUUCGAUCGUCUCUGAGUUGAAUCGGAUCACAUAAACUCAGAUCGUCGACACAAGUAUGGGCAGACAAAAGGGAGAAGCAGCAAGAAGCAAAGCUCGUCCUUCUAGCAGCAGUUUAGCCGCUUCGCUGCUACCGGCCGCCGGUGCUACAGCCGUUGGAUUUGGGGGUUAUGUCGGCAGUUCACGGCUUGAUGUUUCUGUUCCAACAACUUCAGAUGCUGCCUCUUCUUCUGUUAUUGAUAUUGAUGGUGAAUUGGCACAACAACUGAAGAGGCUUUCCCGAAAAGAUCCAACUACAAAGCUCAAGGCUUUGACAACUUUGUUGGCGCUGCUUAAGGAAAAAUCUGCAAAGGAUGUAUUACCAGCUAUUCCGCAAUGGGCAUUUGAAUACAAGAAGCUGUUGCUGGACUACAACCGAGAGGUCCGCCGGGCGACUCAUGGCACCAUGGCCGCUCUUGUCAGCACCGUUGGGAGAGAUUUAGCUCCACAUUUGAAGACUUUGAUGGGGCCGUGGUGGUAUUCUCAGUUUGAUCCGGUCCAUGAAGUUUCCCAAGCUGCAAAAAGAUCAUUGGAGGCUGCUUUUCCUGCACAAGAAAAGCGAUUGGAUGCUCUAAUGUUAUGUAUCGAUGAGGUGUUUAUGUAUUUAGAAGAAAACUUAAAGCUCACUCCACAAAGUAUGUCUGAUAAGGCAGUUGCCUUGGACGAGCUACAAGAGAUGCAUCAGCAGGUCAUCUCAUCAUCCUUGUUAGCAUUGGCUACACUCCUCGAUAUUCUAACAAGUGAAAAACACGGUUUAGAGAACACAAGUUCUGAACAAAAACGCACUCAAAAAGCAAGAUCCGCCGCCAUUUCUCACGCAGAAAAGUUGUUAUCCGUCCAUAAAUGUUUUCUGGACUUCCUUCGUUCUCCCAGUUCCGCUAUCCGAUCUGCUGCAUAUUCACUCGUUAGAAGCUGUGUUAAAAAUGUUCCUCAUGCUCUAAACGAAGCAAAUGUUAAAACUCUCGCACCGGUAAUACUCGGUGCAUUCCAAGAAAAGGACCCCACUUGCCACUCGUUUAUGUGGGAAGCACUGCUACUGUUUUCUCGGAAGUUUCCGGAAAGUUGGACAACUUUGAACGUUCACAGAACUUUGCUUAAUCCGUUUUGGAACUUCUUAAGGAACGGGUGUUUUGGAUCUCAACAAGUAUCGUACCCGUCGUUAGUUCUGUUUUUGGACUGCGUACCUCCUAAGGCUAUAACAACAAAUAAGUUCUUCUUUGAGUUCUUUCGGAAUUUUUGGGCUGGAAAAGUUCAUUCGCAGUCCUCAAACGCUGAUCAGUUAGCGUUUUUCAAGUCAUACCGAGAAUGUUUUCUGUGGACGUUACAAAGCGCUCAAAGAUAUUGUGAUGGAGUAGAAGCUAUCCAUAACUUCAGGCGUACUAUCGUUGAUGAGGUGUUAUUGAAACUGAUGUGGUGCGACUAUCUUUCGGUUCCAUUUUCUGAAGAGAAGUUAAAAAAAUUUGUACAAGAAUUUGGAAAAUGCAUUACCGAGAUCCUUUCGGGUAUCUAUUCCCUGGAACCUGCUCUCUUAUCGGUCUUUUGCAUUACAUUCGAAGAGAACUGUUUCGAAGCGUUUCAACAAAGUGAGAGCAUUGAAAAUCAUGAGAAUGUGGAUAAAAUCAUCAGAUUUUUGCGAUUAGUGGAUCUACAUGCUGUGCGCAAAGGUGACUCGUGGCCUUUAUCUUAUCUUGUGGGCCCGAUGAUGCCAAAGUCUUUCCAGUUUAUCCAAACUAUCGAUUCACCAAACACUUUAAAAUUUAUGGCGGUUGUGGUCUCGAUUUUCGGUCCACGCAAGAUUGUUGAAGAAAUUACGCGGGAACAAAACGAGUCUUCUCGUCUAUCAGAGAAGAAUAGUGAUAUGAGCUUAACGCAGUUUUUGCAACUUUUUAAGGAGAUUUUUGUUCCGUGGUGCUUUAAAACUGAUAGCGGCGUCACCUUGACCCGGUUAGAUCUCUUGUUUGCGUUACUAGAUGUCGAGUGCUUUUCUGAGCAAUGCGAGAGUAUAAUUUUACAUGCAACUGGCACCCCUGAUUCCGACUAUACUCGCGUAUUGGCACUUGUCUUGGAGAAAAUGAGAGAGGAAAGUAUAAGGAUGAAAUUGCGUUUGGAUCUCUCUCAUCACGAGCUUCUGAAUUCUACCGCUCUUUCGGUUGCUCGUUCUCUACCCCCCUUUGGAUCUUCUGAUGCUCGGUUUGUUUGUGCUGCCCUUGGAGGCAUGACAGAAGAAGAUCAAACUUACUUCGUGAGUGAGAACACAUCGAUCGCUAUAUUUAAACAAAUCUUCCAAAAGUUACUCUCUUUCAUCCAAACUUCCAACUUCACUUGGGUCAAGAGUGCUAACGAGUUGUUAAAACCUGAAGGACACAUAACCAUCACGGGAUCCGAAUCUCCAACAAGUGUGCUUGAAGCGGCUAAUUUCGCCAUGGAAGUGGUUAACGGUAGCUUCUUUAGAUUAAAAACCGUUGCAUUACUUCCAACUGUGCUGGCUGCAUUGUUUGUGAUCGAUUGGGAACAUAGCACAUUCGAGGUUUUCGGUGAGGGACUUGAUAUGGAUCGAUUCGAUUUCUGUAAAUCCGUGCAUGCUUUUCGCAGAAAGAUAAAUAAAUCCCUUAGAACCCUUAGUCUGGAUUGUAGGAGAACGCUGGGCGGUACUCUGGUUUGGGCUAUCCGCUGUGUUGUAUGUAAUGAAGAUAAAUUAGAAAUUGAUACGGCUACGUCUUUGGGCUGUCUUUAUUUCCUGGAUGUCGUGGAUAGCGUUUGUCAAGGUCAAGAUGAGGAACAAAUGUUGUUGGAUGAGCUUCUAAGCAACGGUGAUUCGUGGCCUUUGUGGGUCAUGUCUGAUAUUAAAGACGGACGGAGAUUGGCUACUUUGAAAAUUGAAAGCAAUUCUUCUGACGCAUCGGAGGAUCACCGAAUGGCUGCUUUUGUCGACAAGCUUAUAUCCAAAGUGGGUAUAGCUAGAGUUAUCGCAGGCUCUAUAUCUUCCGAACAAGUUAUGACAUCUCAUUGUCAUUAUCAUCGCGUUUGGCUCGCAACAGAGAUGCUAUGCACAUGGAAAUGGCAAGGUGGCAGCGUCCUAACCUCGUUUCUACCUUCAUUAAUUCAAUACAUGCGGGAUCAAGAUUCUUUUGCUAGUAACGACAACUUGUUAGAUUCCAUCGUCAAUAUCCUUAUCGACGGCGCUCUUGUUCAAGGAGCAAACAGUGAAACAAGCUGUUGUUCAAGUAUAUAUCCGGCCCCACCGGAGAGCAUUGAACAAGCGUUUUUGAGAGCGCUUGUGUCAAUACUCGGCACACUUUUCGAGGCUAAUAUUUGGGGACGAAACAAAGCUCUGGAGAUUUUUAAUCUGCUUGUAGGUAGACUUUAUGUAGGUGAAGAUGUGAAUUCCAAUUGUUUGAAGAUACUUCCUGUUGUUAUGAGUGUUCUAACUGGACCACUAUUCGGAAACGAAAUAACCGACACUUCAAAGAGAAACGAAGUACAUGACGUCAUCGAGGGCUGGCUUCAGAGAACUCUGUCGUUUCCGCCUUUGAACACAUGGCUAUCCGGACAAGAUAUGGAAGAUUGGUUUCAGCUUCUUGCAUCAUGCUAUCCCGUAAGAGGAACGAAACAGUUUCGACCACAAAGAGAUAUCAGCGAUGUGGAACGCGGUCUCCUGCUCGAGUUACUCCGGAAGCAGCGUCUCGCUUCUACAUCCGUCGCAGUCAACAAAUUACCCGUUGUGCAGAUAUUGUUGUCCAAGUUAACCGUUGUCGUAGUUGGAUACUGUUGGAAUGAUUUUAACCAAGAUGAUUGGGAAUUUGUGUUGUAUAAAUCACGAUAUUGGAUUGAAUCCGCAGUUGUGUUAAUGGAGGAGGUAGCAGAGGCUGUGAACGAUACCGUUACAAACGGGUCCACUUCAGAUAUACUCGAGAAGCUCCGGCAUACAGUCUCGGGUUUGGAUUCUUCUGCUUUAAAACUUGCAAGUAACGCACUUGUUGCGUUUUCUAUGUUCUGCGGGCUCAUUGGACAAGAAACUGGACAAGAAACUGUUGAAAACGAAAACGAUCAAAAUCCGUUAAGACCCGAGAAGUGGGACGUUAUUAAAGAUAAGAUUCUACAAGGCGUUCUUCGGUUGCUCUUUUCGACAGGUGCAGCUGAGGCCAUGGCUGGUUCGUAUUCUCUAACGGCUUCUUCGGUUAUAGCAUUGAGUCGACUCGGUGACAGUUAUUUCUGGGAGUUGGUUUCUUCGAGUGCGGUUGAAUCUUCUUCUCAUGCAAGAGAGCGAGCCGUGAAAUCGUUUGAUAUGUGGGGGCUUAGCAAAGGAGUUGUUAGCUCUUUAUACGCUAUUCUCUUCUCGUCCGAACCGGUUCCGUAUUUGCAGUAUGCCGCUUAUGUCAUUCUUUCGAGUGAACCUGUUGCAGACUCGGCGUUUUUUACUCAAGAAAGUACCUCUUCGUUAAACGAAAGUGAUGUUGAAGAUAAAGAUCCUCUUGCUGCGUCUUUAGAAACGAAGAUUCAGCUACGAGAGGAGAUUUCCGUCUUUCUCGAGAAAUCACCGUUGGAGAUUAUUGAAUCGGAUUUGGUAGCCCCGGAUAGAGUGCAUGUUUUUGUUGCUUGGUUGUUGACGUUACAUCUACUCGCUUCACAAUCAUCUCCUACAAAGGAGAAGUUGAUUCAACACAUAAAAGACUCCUGCAAUUCAAUGAUAUUGGACUGCAUCUUCCAACACAUUCCACUGGAAUUGUGCGCUGCAACUGUAAAGAAGAAGUUUUCUCAGCUUCCACCUGGCAUUUCCGAGUUUGCACAAGCCGCAACUCGUGCAAUCACAGACAACUCAUUGCUCUUUGCUGUGGAAUCCCUUUGGCCUGUUGGGCCCGAUGGAGUGACAUCAUUUGCUGGUGCAAUAUAUGGAUUGAUGUUAAAAACGCUCCCUGCUUAUGUUAGAGAGUGGUUUAAUGAUAUACGCGAUCACACAUCAUCUUCUGCAAUAGAGUCGUUUACGAGAACAUGGUGUAGUCCUCCUCUAAUUGCAAUUGAAUUGUCUCAGAUCAAGAAAGCCAAUCUCUCUGAUGAGAAUUUUUCAGUUAGUGUGAGCAAGUCUGCUAACGAGGUUGUUGCCACGUAUACAAAAGACGAAUCGAAUAUGGACUUGGUCGUUCGUCUCCCAACGUCUUAUCCAUUGCGACCCGUGGACGUUGAAUGUACUAGAAGCCUUGGCAUCUCUGAAGUCAAGCAAAGGAAAUGGUUGCUUUCAAUGAUGUCAUUCGUUCGUAAUCAAAAUGGGGCUUUAGCAGAAGCAAUUAGAAUAUGGAAGAACAAUUUCGACAAGGAAUUUGAGGGCGUUGAAGAGUGUCCUAUUUGUUACAGUGUGAUUCACACAUCAAAUCACAGUCUUCCACGCCGGGCAUGUCGGACCUGCAAGCACAAGUUCCAUUCUGCAUGCUUAUACAAGUGGUUCUUAACUUCUAACAAGUCUAACUGUCCUCUAUGCCAAUCUCUGUUUUGACCAUCCAUUGAGGCUUUUGUAGAUUUUUUAUUAUCAUGCGGUUUUGACUUGAGUAAUUUAUGAUCGCUUGCGGAGUAUAUAUUGUCUUGAAUCUGUGUAGAAAGGGGCUAAUACUUAUUUUGCAAACAUGAAGCGAACAAAGUUUUACUUUUAAAAUUACGAGUAAAGUACCAUUUUGUGGUUUGGGCAA